UUUCGCACUCCAAAACAGUUCAAUGAGUUGAUGCGCAAACAUGAUGCGAUUCUCGGGAUUUCGCCACUGAGUGAGUGCCUGGAGUGGUAAGGCAUCGGCAAGGGAUGGCCAGUGCCACUGGUUGAAGUUGAACAUGAGUACUCAAUUUAUGAAAGCUGUCUGUCUACUGAUUGCUCUGGUCGUUCCUGGAUCUCUCGGCAGUGACGCUUCCUCGUUUAUUCAGCCGUUUAAUGACUGCAUUCACAGCAGAGGACGUGUUGGAUACUACCAAGGCUCGGUUGAUAUUACUGAAUCUGGUGGGAAAUGUAUGAACUGGACAGAAGUACCCGGGGUUACCAGUCGGUAUCCGGGCAAAGGUCUCGGGGACCACAGUUUUUGCCGUAAUCCUGACGGCAGGAUUCGGCCGUGGUGCUUCUUCAGAAACGACCGAGGAAGAAUAGACUGGGGGUAUUGCGACUGUAAGCAAGGCUCUGUGCGUUUACAGGGUGGCAGGUCCCGUCUGGAUGGAGCAGUGGAGGUCUAUCUGAAUGGCGUGUGGGGUUCCAUCUGCAGCAACAGCUGGGAUGAUGAGGAUGCAGCAGUGGUGUGCAGACAGCUGGGCCCAGGUUUUAAGGGGAAUGCCCGGGUGAGUGCUCUCUCGCGGCUCGGCUUCUCCACGGUGCACUGGCAGGCUGUGGAAUGUUCCGGAGAGGAGCGGGACCUUCUCCAGUGCCCAAAGACUCUGUGGAAUGGAGGACAGUGCAACCAAAGACAAGCAGCAGCAGUCACCUGCAAACCACAGGAGGAGGAUUCUGGAUUUGUACCCGUGCGCCUGAGUGGUGGUAGUUCUCAGUAUGAGGGGAGGGUAGAGGUCUACCAUGGGGGGCAGUGGGGAACGGUCUGUGAUGACCAGUGGGACGACAACGAUGCGGAGGUGGUAUGCAGACAACUGGGCUUUGGAGGGAUAGCACGUGCCUGGGUGGGUGCUUACUUUGGACCCGGCUCUGGCUCGGUUGUGUUGGAUGAGGUGCGGUGCACAGGGAAUGAGCUCUCCAUCGAGCAGUGCACCAAGAAUGCCUGGGGGGAACACAACUGUGCUCACAGCGAGGAUGCCGGGGUGUCCUGCACUCUGCUUAGAGAUGGCUCAGUGCGCCUGACUGGUGGUGUAGGGGGCUUUGAGGGCAGGCUGGAGGUGCAUUACGGUGGCAAGUGGGGGACAGUAUGUGAUGACGGCUGGACUGACACAAACUCACAGGUGGUCUGCAGGCAGCUGGGAUACAGGUCAGGGGGGAGUGUGUCCUCAGUGAGGUUCAGUGAUAGCACAGGGCCCAUCCUGCUGGAUGACGUGAGCUGCUUGGGGAAAGAGCCAGCAAUCAGCCACUGCACCAAGAGAGAGUGGCUUAAACACGACUGCACACACGCUGAGGAUGUAGCCAUCAGCUGCAACCCGGAACGCACUGGACCAGGAGUGCCUACCAGUUUGGCGAUUCGUCUGGUUGGUGGUGAGAACCCGCGUGAGGGUCGGGUGGAGAUCCUGGUGGGCAGCCAGUGGGGAACCAUCUGUGAUGACGGCUGGACAGACAGAGACGCUGAGGUGGUGUGCAGGCAACUUGGCUACAGUGGUGUGGCUAAGGCACGCACUAUGGCGUAUUUUGGUGAGGGCCAAGGACCCAUCCAUGUGGACAACAUCAAGUGUACAGGUGUGGAGAGGUCUCUCAGUGAUUGCAUUAAGCAGCCCUUUGGUAUGCACAACUGCCGCCACAGUGAAGAUGCCGGAGUCAUCUGUAACUAUGGGCAACAGCAGGAUGACAGUCUGGCAGAGGUCAAGGACACUAAGGCUCCAGUAUGUGGUCUUCGGCCUGCACACACCCGUCAGAAGAGGAUCAUUGGAGGACAGAAUUCCUUGAGGGGAGGUUGGCCCUGGCAGGCUGCUAUCCGUCUGCGCGGCUCUCAGUCAGAUGGACGACUUGUUUGUGGAGCAACUCUCAUCAACAGCUGCUGGGCCCUGACGGCAGCUCACUGUUUUAAAAGAUAUGGAAACAGCAGUAGGCUAUAUAAGGUUCGUGUCGGAGACUAUCACACAUUAGUGCCUGAGGAAUUUGAAGAAGAGUAUGCUGUUGAGAAGAUUGUCCUACACGGGCGGUACCGAUCGGACGGCAACGAUUAUGACCUAGCACUGGUGCGGCUGUCAGGCCGGGGCAGAGACUGCAUCUCACUCAGCCACCACGUCUUACCUGUGUGUCUUCCCACACGUCGAGAGAAGGCACCUAGGACGGCCGGCAACUGCUACAUCACUGGCUGGGGUGACACAGGUCGUGCGUAUUCCAAGACUCUGCAGCAGGCUGCCAUCUCGGUGCUGCCGAAGCGUGAGUGUGAGGUCCAAUUUGCCGGAACCUUCAACAAACGAAUGCUCUGUGCUGGGGCCUCACCUGACGACCAUCGCCGUGUAGACAGUUGCCGUGGCGAUAGCGGGGGGCCGUUGGUGUGCGAGCGGCCCGGAGGCGGAGGAUGGGUCAUCUAUGGGGUCACGUCAUGGGGCCACGCAUGCCGUCUCCAUGACUCCCCGGGUGUCUACACAAAGGUCUCCGCCUUCCUUCCCUGGAUCAAAAGGGUGACUGGGCAGUAGGAGUCUUCACAUAUGGCCUAUGGAUCCACACGUGCUCCAAUUCACAUGCCUUGAUUUCACAUUCACGUGUUGGUUUGAUGCAGUUACAUGCUCAUCUCAGUUAGAAGGUGUGUGUGUCCGUUAGGUGUGUGUGUGUGUGAGUGUGUGUGUGUGUGUCUGUCUGUCUGUCUGUCUGUCUGUCUGUCUGUCUGUCUGUCUGUCUGUGUCUGUAUCUGUGUGCGUGUGUGUGUGUGUGCAGCAUGUAUCCCAGUACUUUGUCAUUUAGCACUUCUAGGUUGAAAGGGACCACAAGGACUGCAUGCCAAGUGACCCACUCCUUCACUGAGCCUCUGUCAGCAUCCCUGCACUCUAGGAAGAGGCAACCAGAGGAAGCACACACUUGAAAGGGUCAGCAAGGUCCUAAAGCACAGCUUUUUCUAAAUGUACUUUUCUUCAGUCAGACUAAACUGAAGAUUUCUACCAACCGCACUAAAACGAGUAACAAACAAGGACUGUCUUAAUUCUUGUGAAGUCAUUCAGUUGCACUAAAGCCUCAAUGUCUGAUGAGUAGUGUCUCCAAUCUGGGCUUUGUCCUAAGACCUCUGUAAGAUACCUCGAAGCUGUACCUAGCUCCAUUGAUAUGUUAUUAAUAUGUGGUUAUCAUGUAUAACAUGAAGAAUUGUCUGUAAUGUUUGAUGUGAUUUAUCAAACAUCAUUACCUCCUUCCAGAAACUGCUGCCAAACAAAUGGCAUGUUUAAUAGUAUCCUAAAUACAAUUACUUAACCCAGUCUUAUUAAGCCAUGUCCUUUGUGUACCCUUGAGAUUGUGUUUUUUUUUUCUUGAUGUGCAAGUGAAACGUUUUACAGGCAGAGGAUCUAUUUUAGUAGAUUAUUUACACAAUUUAUGCUGCCCUUUCGCGAAUGUUAAAUUUGUCAUGAAUUACCACCACUGCAAAUUUCCGGGUAUUCAUUAUGACUGGGAAGUGUACACUUUUCAUACAUGGAUAGGUGGCUCUUUUCCAUGUCCGCCAUUUUGAAUUAGCAGUCAUAGUCAAAGCAUGGUGGACUGCAAAACAUACUGUACUUUGGUAAGACCAGUAAAGUAUUCGUUUAUUGCUAGUUUAUUACUCUGUAAAUGUUCAUGGAAAGAUCACAUUUCUGAAUGGGAAGCAUGUCCAAAUACAAAAGCUAAAAUUACAUACAGGACACUUUUAUGACACACAUAUGUCUCAAAGAAUGUCAUGAGUUCACCUUCAGUACCAUCCAUUACAUGUCUGCAUCUAGUUUUAAGUAAUUCUUUCACUACCUGUG